ACAAUGUUCUUUAUUUAAAUGUGAUCAUACUUGUGAAAUUCAUAUAAAUUUGUUAAAAGCUAACUUUUUAUUAAGAAAAAUAUGAGCUUUUUUAAACAGCACAUUUGAACUAAUAUUAUUUUAAAGUUUGCAACAGAACAAUAUUAAAUUUUUUAACAAAAUUUGAAUUCCAGAUAAUAUUAAAUUUUUAACAUAAAAUUGAAUCCGAUACAUUAUGCUAGUAAAUAUUAAAUGAAUUUAAAAGUUCAUAUCAAUUAAUUUAUUUUAAAAUUGAUUAAUAACUUAUAAAUAUGCAGUUAUGUGAUGAAAUUCCAUCCAUUUUAAAAAAGUUUAUAAUUAAAUUCAAUAAUUUUUUUAAUAAAAUAUUUGGUGUGUUGUGCGUUGUAUUUGGCAUGGAAAUAAUAACAUGCCUCAAAAAUAAAUAAAAAUCUUUCUGAUUAUUAUAGUCAUGAAAUUCGGUAACAAAAAAUCUAUGCAUUUCUCCAAAAUUUGGUUGCGGCUAUAAAGGGUUAAAGUCUUUCAAUUUUGAUCACAUAUAAUUCAACUUCUAAUUGCAAUAUUUUCUAAUUGUAUAUCUGAAUAAUUGAAUUUGUAAAUUAAAAGCAAAUUUCUUUAAUACAUUUCGAUAAUUUUUUUGAUUUAACUCAUUCUAUUUUGAAUAAAGUUCCCCUUAAAAUUAGUUAUAUGGCAACUUCUGUUUUCAUUCAUAAUGCUACCAUACCAAAGAAAAAUUUUGAAACCAACAUAAAUUUUAAAUGUAAACAAUAGAUGCAGAUGCAUGAAUAUUAUAAUUAUAAACAUAAUACAAUUUUUAAGGACCCUUUUCACAUAUAAAUACAUAGCUGUACCGUAACAUUUUUUUGAUUAUGCAGCAAUCAACCCUUUAGUACAGAGUGACAGCUUUUUAUUAAUUACAUUGCCAUCAUGAUCAAAUAUCUAUAAAGAUGCCAUACAUACUAAACAAGUUUUUCUUUUGAACGCAACAACAAUUCAAAUAAAAUCAUCAAACGUAAACAAACUAAUGACAAAAAAUUAGUUUUUUCGGCGCGUAUUUUUAUCACUUCCCGCUUUUUUUAUUCAGUACAAAUAUUAACCAAAUGUAGAUCACAUUAAACAGUCAUAAUUUUAGAAAGAAAUUUGUCAAAAUAUUUUAGUGUAGAGAAAUUAAUGUUGUGUAUCUGUCUUUUUUUUUAAAUUGCAAUUAAAUUCCAAAGCGUUCAUUUAUGUUAUAAUCAAACAAAACUAAAAUCUAGUGGCAAUAAGAAGAAAACAAUAUUGACACGCCUGAUUAGAAUUAAAAAAAAAAAAUCCUUGGUUUAAAUACUUAUUUUUAAUAUAAAGGACGCCUUAUUAAAGCAGCCGCCACCAUGUCUGCUAAUAAUACUGCUAGUGGAACAAAACCUUUACAAAAAUUUGCUGCCAAUUCACAGCCCUUUACUGUUUUGAUCGAGGGCAACAUUGGCAGCGGCAAGACCACGUUUCUUAAUCAUUUUGAACAAUUCCAAGAUAAGAUCUGUUUGAUCACAGAACCUGUCGAAAAAUGGCGUAAUGUUAGAGGUGUCAAUUUAUUGGAAUUGAUGUAUAAAGAACCAGAACGUUGGGCCAUGCCAUUCCAAUCAUAUGUUACAUUGACCAUGUUACAAAGUCACACAUUACAGACUGAAAAACCCGUAAAACUAAUGGAACGUUCAAUAUACAGUUCAAAGCACUGUUUUGUUGAGAACAUGUUUAGAAAUGAAAUAAUUGAUGCCGGAAUGUAUCAUGUAUUACAAGAGUGGUAUAGAUUCAUUGAAGAUUCCAUACACAUACGAGCCGAUUUAAUAGUUUAUCUACGUACCUCGCCUGAAGUGGUGUAUGAGCGUAUGCGUAAGCGUGCCCGUUCCGAGGAGAGUUGUGUGCCUUUGAAAUAUUUAGAAGAAUUGCAUAAAUUACACGAGGAAUGGUUAAUCAAAAAUCGUGGCUACAAUACAAAUGUUAUCGUUUUAAAUGCCGAUUUAGAUUUAGAACACAUUGGUUCUGAAUAUAAACGUUACGAAAAUCACAUAAUAAAUCCCAUGUUUACACAACAGCCUCAAGCAGUUUUAGUAUCGCCUAGUAAACGUCGACAUAUGGAAUAGUUUUUGGAUUGAUUCUAACUACUUUUAGAAAAUUUUAUUUAUACACCAGACCCUAUACAAAAGUUUAUGGACUGUGCGUUUGUCUGCUUAAUUUUGCUAUCAUUUCCAAUAUGUUGUUUUGUGUUUUUAAUUGAAAAUUUCCAAACUGGUGAACAAACGUGCAAGAAUAUCAAUUAGUUUCAUAGUUAAUUUAAGGAUGUUUGUUUGAUUUUGUGCAAUUUUUUUUAUAUGAUUCAUUUGCUAUAAGCGAUAAAGCUCAUGCAAUUAAUUUUAUUUUUUUACUAAAAUUGUUGUUAUUUCAGGUGAAGAUUUACUGUACAAACUUGAAUCAUAAUUAUAUAUAUAUAACAACUUUAUUAUAAAAAUUAUUUCACGGAGCGCUAUUUCUGACGUAUUAAAGAUCUUAUAGCAGAUGAAAAAUUUUAAACUUUAGAUAUGUUCUGUAUUUUUUAAUCAUUUGAAAACCAAAUUUAAAUGUAUUUUAGAUGGUGUAAAUGAUUGAUUUGAAAUAACUUGUAAAAUACAGAAUAUACCCAUAUAAUAUGCAUUUUAAAUUCUAAAUAUUGUCUGUAAUAACUUAAAAAUUGUAAUUAAUUUUAAGCUAGUUUUAUAAGAUUUAAAAUAAAUAAGCGUUCAUAAAUGCAUUAAUAUUGCAUCACUGCAGCAUAAUUUAAGUUCGAUAAUAAUAUUCCUGAUUUAUGAAAAAUAUUUUUUCUACAAUACUAUUUACUUGCACAUCACAGAACGCUGCAGUGAUGCACAAAUUUAUUGCAUUUACAAACGAAUACUGAAAUUAAAAUAA